AUGUUGAAAAAAGAGUUGAAGAGCCUAAACAGACAGUACUUCAGGAAUAAUGAAAGAGAGGCUAAUGAGGAUAGAGCAGCACUAAAACAUGCACAAAGCCUUCUGCAGACAGAUCCACUGAAUUCAGAGUGGCAAUUAAUAGAAAAAGAGAAGUAUCAGAAGUUCAGACACUCAUCCUAUCUUGCAGAAAUGUACCUACAGCAGAAGAACAAAGCUACUUGGAUAAAACUGGGAGAUGAAAACACUAGUUACAAUGCUAUCAUUGGAAGCCAGAAUCGACUAGAAAACACUAAUCUCAUUUGGAAUGAAAUAGCACAACCAAAACAUAGAUUUAUCACAUGGCUAGCUGUUCAAGAAAGAUUACUCACAAAGGAGAGAUCUCAAAAACUAGAUAUUCAUGUAGAGGAUUCUAGCUGCUGUUUAUGUGAUGCCCAGGAAAAUGAGACAGUUCAACACCUGUUUGUUGACUGUACUAGAACCCAAGACAUUAGGAAGGGUCUUCUAAAUUGGUUGGGAUUGCACGUGCAAGUUGGAGAGGUGCAGCAAGGACUAGAAGAAAUUAACAGAAAGCAUUGGAAAAGAUUCAAAAAGGAGGUGGCAGCUGCAUUAUGGGAAGCUAUGAUAUAUCAUAUUUGGAGAGGUAGAAAUAGGAAACUGUUUGAAGAAUUAAUCGAAAAACAGAGUUGA